AUGGAUUUCUCUCAACUCACAGACGCAAUGGCGUCAAGAUCGUACGACAAAGUCGCUGAUAUCUGCGAUCAACUUAUGCUUCAGAUUGCUUCACAAGGCGUUGCAUUUCAAGACGAAUGGCCAUAUGCCGUUCAUCUUCUAGGGCACAUUUACCUGAAUGAUCUAAACAGUGCUCGGUUUCUAUGGAAAUCUGUUCCAGUUUCAAUCAAGGAGAGUCAUCCAGAAGUUUGUGCUGUAUGGAAAAUUGGACAGCAGUUAUGGAUUCGAAAUUAUGCAGGUGUCUAUGAUUCCAUCCGUUCAUUCAAUUGGAGUGCAGAAAUUCAAGAUUUCAUUGCCUCAUUUUCAGAAAAAUACACAAGAAGAAUGUUGGAGCUACUGAUGUCUGCUUAUUCAACUAUAAGCAUCCAAGAUACUGCUCUCUUUUUGGGGAUGAAUGAGACUGAUGCCACAAACUAUGUAAUGCAACAAGGGUGGAAUGUGGAUGCAGCUUCUCAAAUGCUUACAGGAACCUUGGGCAUGUUGUACUUUUUAUGA